AUGGUAGCUGCUAUGGCAGAGUUAACUCGCCAAAACCAAGAGUUGGCAAGGGAGAUUCAUCUUAGGAGGCAACGGUAUGAAGCAUAUGGGGAAGAACAAGACCAGAGCCAUGGGGAUGAAAAAAGCGAUAUACCCGAAAGUCAAUCAAAGGGCACCACAUCAAGAAGGGUGCCAUAUUUGGAGAAAGAGAUUGACCAGAUGAGGAAGGUUAUGGAUGAGAUGAAGGAAAACAUGAGAAGAACAAAUCUUGUAGAGGAUCUAGUUCAUCGUACAGACUCCCCUUUCAUAGCUUCCAUCAAUGGUCACCCUUUGCCUCCAAAAUUUAAGAUGCCUUCUUUGGAUUUGUACGAUGGGGCGCAUGACCCGUUUGAUCACAUUGCUACCUUUAAGACUACAAUGCACCUUCAGGGGGUCCUCGACGAAAUUAUGUGUAGAGCCUUCCCUACCAUUCUUAAAGGUCCGGCACGGGUGUGGUUUAGUAAACUACCCCCAAAUUCGGUAAGUUCUUUCGAAGAGUUAAGUAAGUUGUUUGUUAAUAAUUUCAUUAGGGGACAGAGACACAAGCGUUCUUUGUUCAGCCUGUUGACAAUAGAACAGAGGGAGAAUGAAAGCCUGCAAUCCUUUAUCACUCAUUUCAACAGGGAAGCCUUGACGAUGGAUGAGGUGGAUGAUAAGUUAUUGUUGGUAGCCUUUCACAACGGGGUUAAUUCAGAUUUAUUCAUCCACAAGCUUUAUGAGAAGGAGUCCCAAUCCAUGGUUGAACUCGUCCAUUCAGCCCAGAACUUUAUGAAUGCAGAAGACGUGAUUAUAGCUAAGAAAAGGAAGAGAGCUGAAAGAAUGGAUGCAAACCCCCCAUGCCACUCGGAGCAAGUCCCUCGACCAAAAAAGGGACGCACAGAAGAUAAAAAGGACCGAGAUGGUAAGAGGGUGGGUCCUUCAGCACAGAGUCAACAAUAUACGCCACUGAACACUCCACUUGAAUAG